CGCACAGCGUGUCUGCAGGGAUUGCCACCUGGCUGGCCCGUGAAUGAGGCGGAGCAAGCUCCCCGGCUCCCUCCCCCCUGCAAACCAAGCCUCAAGAGAACUCCCUCAGGGCAGGGUCUGCUCCGGGCUCCCCCUCCCCAGGGCGCAUGGGCAGACGCGCCGGAGCGCGGGGCUGAAGCGGAGCCAUGUGCCACUGGCCGGCAGGGGCGCGGCGAAGCGGGGCGCAGCCCGGCUCCCAGAAGGAGAGCGGGGAGCCUGAUCCGGGACCCCGCCGAGCCCGCGCCGGAGACGAGCUCUAAAGUUCCGCGCGGACUUUGCAGCGAAGUGGGAGCAGCUGCCCGGGAGGACGCAGCCACCCGCCCCGGCUCCGCGGCGUCGCUGCGCCCUGCUGGGGUCCCGUGCCCUGGCCGGAGCCGAGCCGGGCAUGGCUGCGCAGGGCGUGCGCCCCGCGUUGGGCUGGCUGGCCCUGAGCGGCUGGCUCCUGGCCAUGGCACAGGUGGAUUCUGAUGACACGAUUACCACGGAGGAGCAGAUUUAUCUUCUCCUGGAAGCCAAAAUUCAGUGUGAACUGAACAUCACUACCCAACUACAAGAAGGAGAGGGUAACUGCUUUCCAGAAUGGGAUGGACUAAUAUGCUGGCCCAGGGGCUCACUGGGAAAAAUGUUGGCUGUUCCAUGUCCUCCUUAUAUCUAUGACUUCAAUCACAAAGGGGUGGCUUUCAGACACUGUAGUCCUAAUGGAACAUGGGACCUUGUGCAAGGUUUGAACCGAACGUGGGCCAAUUACUCGGACUGCCUUCGCUACUUACAGCCAGAAAUCAGCUCAGGGAAGCAGGAAUUCUUUGAACGUCUCUACAUUAUGUACACUGUUGGAUAUUCUAUGUCCUUCAGUUCUCUAGCAGUGGCUGUUUUCAUCAUCGGCUACUUCAGGAGGCUGCACUGCACCAGGAAUUGCAUCCACAUGCAUCUCUUUGUCUCUUUCAUGCUAAGAGCUGCCAGCAUCUUUAUCAAGGACAAAGUUGUGCAUACGCACAUAGGCGUCAAAGAACUGGACUCUCUGCUGAUGAGUGACCUCCGGAGCACUGUAGUGGCACCUGCAGUUGACAAGUCACAAUACGUGGGGUGCAAGAUUGCGGUUGUGAUGUUUAUUUACUUCUUGGCCACCAACUACUACUGGAUCCUGGUUGAAGGCCUCUACCUGCACAGCCUAAUCUUUGUGGCUUUCUUUUCGGAUACCAAAUACCUGUGGGGCUUCACCUUGAUAGGCUGGGGAUUUCCGGCUGUCUUUGUAGGAGCCUGGGCAGUGGUCCGUGCAACGCUGGCAGAUGCAAGAUGCUGGGAGCUCAGUGCCGGCGCUAUCAAAUGGAUUUACCAAGCACCGAUAUUAGCAGCCAUCGGGCUGAACUUCAUUCUGUUCCUGAAUACCGUACGGGUUCUGGCAACCAAAAUAUGGGAGACAAAUGCUGUUGGGUAUGACACAAGGAAACAAUACAGGAAGCUAGCGAAGUCCACCUUGGUUCUGAUUCUGGUCUUCGGGGUGCAUUAUAUUGUCUUUGUGUGCCUACCGCACACGUUCACCGGGCUGGGAUGGCAGAUCCGCAUGCACUGUGAACUCUUCUUCAACUCUUUCCAGGGUUUCUUCGUCUCUAUCAUCUAUUGUUACUGCAACGGAGAGGUUCAGACUGAGAUCAAGAAGACUUGGACUAGAUGGAACCUAGCUAUUGACUGGAAAAGGACGACUCCAUGUGGCAAUUACAGAUAUGGCUCCGUCCUCACCAACAUGACCCACAGCACCAGCAGCCAGUCUCAGAUGGUGACCAGCUCCCGCAUGGUUCUGAUUUCCAGCAAAGUCUGCAGAAAUGCCAGUAGACAAAAUGAGGCACACAUGAAUUUGCCUGGGUAUGUUAGGAGCAACUCUGAACAGGACUGUGUGCACCACUGGGUUCAUGAGGAGGCUGAUGAAGAGAAGCAGGUGGAUGAUAUAUCGCUCAAGGAGUCAUUUAGACCGCAGGGUAGUAGCACAGAACCUGAGGGGAACAGGGUAGAAAUGGAGGAGGCUCUGUGAAGAGUCAUGGACAUCCAUGGGUAUGUCCAAUCUAAAACGGGUUGAAUCCUCUCAUGAUGCCAACAGCUACUAGUAUCCAUAUACUGCCUUGAGCCAAUCUCAGUGAAGAUCUUGGUCAAUGAUGAAGCUUAAUUUACAAGGACUCCAGACCUACAUAAUGCGGCUGACUACGCAAAAUGGUUUCUAUGCCACAAAUGUCAAAGGCACAAAAAAAGUGAAUUUUUAGCACUUACACUACCUGCAUUACACUUAAAACUCUGUACAGCAGACACAUCUUAGAUGUUUUCUUCACAUGCUCUUCUGAAGGCAUGUGAAAGGUGACUCCUCCAUUUGUACACCUGAAAGGAAAAGAGAAAUGCAUAUCAGAAGGUUUAUAGUAUAUGCAUUUGAAUGGAUUCUCUGGACUCCAAAAUGUCUUCGCUGUGAAUCACAGGGCUGGGAAAAACUUUAAAAGGAUUUUCAUCCAGUACCUUGUGAACUUUGAUCUCAGUGCAGAAUGUUUCAAAUCAUUGUUUUUAAACAGAGAUGCUACUUAGGUUUGAUUAUUUAUACUAUUGCUUUAGCUUGUUUUACGGAAACAUCCAAACCAAAACCUCAUGUAGUAUGUGACCUAAAUUCUCUAACGAGACAGCGCCUGCUGCAUGCACUGAGUUCUGCAAUGAUUUGGGAAUUAAGUGGUAAUACUAACUGAAUAUGGAAUCAUUUGAAAACCUUCCGGGUAAGUGAAAUAAUUCUAAAAAGAGCACCAGAAAAUUUAAAUAUAAUUAGUGCCCUGUAGUGGAGGAAUGUCUCCUGCUCUAUGUCGACCCCGAAAGACUUUGAUGUUGGACAGUGAAUGAGUUUGUGCCCACUGAAUCUCCAUUAAACAUCAGAAGAAGCCGAGAUUGGGUUAAUACAGGCCUGAGCUACUUCAGCCAGCUUUAGUACUGUGUCAAAAGCACUUUCAUUAAACACAUCAAGGUCUUUGCCAGAUACUUACUUCCUGUUGGCCAACUUUGGUCCAAAGAUCCUUGCGCUGAGAUCAAAUUCUUCCACUGGCACACAAUCCCACUCCAUUCUUCCAUGGAUUUCCAAGUAGUGGAGUUCCUCUCCAGGGGGGAUUGGAUGCAUAAGAUGGCAGCUGCCUACACCACGUCUCUCCACAGCCCCUCUAAGCGCACCCCUCUGGCAUGCUUCUGCUUUCCAGGCACUUUUUCAUUGCUUCAGCUCAAAUGUGGUGGUGGACAUGGUCUAACAUUAUCUGAUAGAAUAGCUAAGGAGCUCCUGCAUGCCUCACCAUGAUGACCCAGGUAGAGGGAACUCAGCAGAGAACCCUUAAAUGGACAUGCAGUGGCUCUCAUCAUGGUGGGACAGUGCUGCAGUCCGUGCCUCAGUCUCGACUCUUAGAAAGAUUUCACUCUUGCUCUGCUCUGUCAUAACAAGGGCAACAGUGAAGGGGAAAGCCAAGGAAAUGCACUGAAUUCCUCCCUUGUGGGAAAAACGCACACCUCGGCCCAGGGGUGAAGAUGGCAGCAAAAGGGCCAUUUUUGUGGGUGCUGCUGUGUAAGCUGAACCACUUGGGGAGGGGUGGAAGGUGCAGUAUGCAGCCAUUCGCAUCUCCACAUAUUUCAUCGUCGGUAUUGAGAAUUACCAGAGCGUGCUGUAAAACAUUGAAAUGUUUUUUAAAUGACUGAACUUGGGGGAAAGGGGUGAAAAUAGUUUUAAAAUGUCACCUGAGUGUAAAUUGAGCCAAAAAGACUGAGAUAACUAACGGUGUACAUUUGAAACUUACCAUGAACGGCAGCGCAUUUCUUCCUACAAGGCAUGAAAAUAAGAACAAGCCAUGGUGAUGCCAAGUACGCUCUCUGUGAACUGCAUGAUUUCCCACAAAAAGUUCCAGAUCCCACAGCAACUUGGUUUAUCCCAACUGGAUUUGACAUGGACUAAGUUCUAUCAUGUCUGAAUGAAACAUCUGAGGGCUGAUUCUGUGAAGUGCUAACUGAUGUCAGACGUCAAUUGUGCUGUUUCGUUUGCUGAUAUUAAAGAUGAUUUU